CAAUAUAUUCCUGCAGUAGUGAAUAUUGUAGGGUUCGAGAAUGUACGAGAAUCAGAGUGUAUGGCCAGAGGUUUGCCUUCUGGACUGAUGAGGCCAAGCGUUUGCUCCAGGGACAACUUGACCCGGUGUACAGAGCGGCAUCACUAAGGAUCGUCCACUAUACAUGCAAGCUGUCACUGACCGCACUGCAGAGGAAAACAGACUGGUGGACUUCAUCGUACAGUCCAAGGGAGCUGAGCAGCAUUUGGUGGGUGUACUUAAUGGAAAGCCUUCAUCCUGGUUUCCUCUGAAGACCUCUUCCCAGGUGCCUGUCUACCUCGACAGUGAGGAACUACAGGACACCCUUAUUACGUAUCUGAAGGCGGUGCUGAACCAGACACCAACCAAACUGAAGUUCACAGAUGAAGUGCAGUUCAUCCUUGGUGUUCUAUUUCCAGAGGCCAUCAUAUACGGCCUGAGUAUUCAGAAGAAUCUGUCGCUGCAGGAUGCAGAAAGGGUAUUCAUAUCUGGACCAGUUUAUCAUCAGAGUGAAGUGGAAGAGUUUGAUAGGGGGAUAUCAAAACAAUUGCGCACAGAAGGGAGACCAUUCAACUAAAUGAAGUUGUAUGGAGGUCGAUGUGGAGAGGUGAUGGAGGUCGAUGGGUGGUUGUAAAAUUAAAUAAACAAUGUAUAUCUUGAAUCUGC